CCCCCCCCCCCUCCACUAACCCCAGUUCACAAACCCGUCUUCUUCUUUUCUGGUAUUUUUCCUUUUUUACAGACCUUAAUUUCUCUCCUAAUUUCUUUCUUCCGCUUUUUCUUCUUUUUCUUCUCUGUUGUCUUUAUUCUUGCUUUAAAUUUUAGCUUGUGUGAGUCGUGACUUAUUGACCUGUAAAUGAAUUGGAUUUCAUCUUUGAUUUAAUUUCAGUUAUUGCAUAUGACUUAUGAAUCUGUAGCAAAUAGGAAUUUAUUUUUUCUUUGCUUACUGUUCUUUCUUUGCUGACUGCUGUAAGUAUGGAUUUUUUUUCUUUUCUUUGUCUAGGGAAUUAGACAUGUCAUUGUCUACAUCAGUUGCUAGUUGUACUCCUCAAUUCGAACAAGAUGAUAACAAACCACUUUGGAACUAUGUCACACAAUUAGAAAAAAUUGGCGGUGGAGGAGGAAAUUUUUUAUUCAAAUGCCACUUUUGUAAUAACGAAUUCAGGGGGUCUUAUACAAGAGUUAAAGCCCACUUGUUGCAGAACACUGGUAUGGUAUUCGUAUAUGUCCAAAAGUCACAUAUCAGAAUAUUGCAGAAAUGCAAAAAGCAAUUGAAGAAGCCGAAUUGAGAAUUAAAAAUUCUAAACCAAAAAAAGUUCCUUUGCCGCCGUCUAGUGCAUCAUUGGGUGGUACUACUAGUCUCACUCAGGAGGCUUAUGUACCAAAGAAAAGAAAGGCAAGUGGGGGUGCCAUUGGGAAGGCAUUUAAUAAUGAGGCUCGGGAACAAUUGCACUCAGAGAUUGCUAGGAUGUUUUAUUCCGCAGGAUUGCCGUUUCAUCUAGCAAGAAACCCGUAUUAUGUGAGUUCAUACAACUAUGCUGCAAAUAAUCCUCUGUCAGGUUAUUUGCCUCCGGGUUAUAAUCUAUUGAGAACCACUCUACUUCAAAAAGAAAAGGCAAAUAUUGAUAGAUUAUUGCAACCAAUUAGGAGUACAUGGAAGGCAAAGGGUGUUAGCAUUGCAAGUGAUGGUUGGAGUGAUCCACAAAGGCGGCCUUUAAUUAAUUUUAUGGCUAUGACAGAAGGAGGUCCCAUGUUUUUGAAAGCUGUUGAUUGUUCCGGUGGAAUUAAAGACAAGUUUUUCAUUUCCAAUUUGUUGAAGGAAGUCAUAAAUGAGGUUGGCCCCCAAAAUGUGAUCCAAGUAAUUACAGACAAUGCCCCAAAUUGCAAGGCUGCUGGACAACUAAUUGAAGGGCAAUUCCCUCACAUUGUUUGGACACCUUGUGUGGUCCAUACUCUUAAUCUUGCCCUCAAAAAUAUUUGUGCUGCAAAAAAUGUGGAAAAGAAUGAAAUUGCAUAUGCAGAGUGUGGUUGGAUUCUUGAUUAUGCUGAUGAGGUUACAAUAAUAAAGAAUUUCAUCAUGAACCAUUCAAUGAGAUUAGCUAUUUUCAAUGAGUUUGUCAGCUUGAAGUUGCUUUCAGUUGCAGAGACACGCUUUGCUUCUGUUAUUGUGAUGAUGAAAAGAUUUAAACUUAUAAAAGGUGGUCUCCAAGCAAUGGUCACAAGUGACAAGUGGACUUGCUAUAAGGAGGAUGAUGUAGGAAAGGCCGAUUAUGUGAGAGAGAAGCUGUUGGAUGAACAAUGGUGGGGAAAGAUUGAUUAUAUCCUUUCCUUUACUUCACCUAUUUAUGACAUGCUAAGGGCUUGUGAUACCGAUAAGCCUUGUCUUCACUUAGUUUAUGAUAUGUGGGAUACAAUGAUUGAAAAAGUGAAGAUGGCAAUAUAUAGGUAUGAAAGAAAGCGACAAAGUGAAAGUUCUUCCUUUUAUGAAGUGGUGCAUGGGAUACUUGUAGCUCGUUGGAACAAGAACAAUACUCCGCUUCAUUGCUUGGCACAUUCACUAAAUCCAAGGUACUAUAGUGAUGUGUGGCUUAGUGAAGACCAAAGUCGAGUUCCACCACACAAGGAUUUAGAGGUCUCAAGAGAGAGAACAAGGUGCCUUAAAAAAUACUUUAGUGACCCACAAGAGCGUUCAAAAGUCCAAUUGGAGUAUGCUAAUUUUUCAUCAAACUCGGGGGAAUUUGGGGAGAGUGAUUCUAUAUGUGAUAGAUAUACAAUGGAUCCUAAAAGUUGGUGGGUUGUACAUGGUUCAUAUGGUCCCUUGCUUUAAGAGUUAGCUUUGAAGUUGCUUGUCCAGCCUUCUUCCUCCUCAUGUUGUGAGAGGAACUGGAGUACUUAUUCUUUUAUUCACUCAUUGAGAAGGAACAAGAUGGCGCCACAAUGGGCUGAAGAUUUGGUUUUCAUUCAUAGUAAUCUCCGUCUUCUGUCAAGGAGAACCCCACAGUACAAUGAAGGACGAACUAAGAUGUGGGAUAUUGCAGGAGAUGCAUUUGAUUCAUUUGGUGAUGUUGGGGUGCUUGAGGUUGCAAACCUCUCACUUGAUGAGCCAGAAUUAGAGGCGGUAUUAUUUACCGAUGAUGGAAGUGUUAAUGAUGAUGAGAUUCAUGAGACAAUUGAUGAUGAACAACAAUAGAUGAAUGCUGAUAUGUUCUUUUUUUUUUUUGUUUUGGACUACCCUUUUGGUAUUGUAAAUGGUAAAGUCCUAGGUCAAAUGAUGGAUGGGAAUAGAUGAUAGUACACUGACUUGUUUUUGUAUCUUUUUUGGGACUAGCCUUUAGGUUUUUGUGAAUGUUAAGUGCUAACAGUACAGUCCUGAAUGUUAAACAAUCAUGAAUGUUAAUAGUCCUUUCAGUCUAUGCUUUUGUAUUUGGAGUAAAGUUGCAAUGAUGAUUAAAUGAUACUAGUUAUUAUUCUAAUAUCUUGUUUUUUAUUUGGUUUUAUAACUUUGCAACAUUGUUCU